AUGCAUCUAUUGAUCGUUAAGACAUUGUUUAUAGGUGUUGUUGUUAGCCUUGUUACGCUUAUCACCACAAUACUAUUGACAUUAGUCAUGAUCAUGAUUUGGCGAACUCCACCGGUGUUGGUUGCUCUUUACUUCAUCGUAUAUUUUGUGAUGGAAGGCGUUUAUGUGAGUGCGGUUUCCACAAAAAUCCCACAAGGUGGAUGGAUUCCAUUUUUUAUUUCUUUCAUCUUUGCUUUCAUCAUGUUCGGUUGGUUCAAUGGAAGGCACAUAAAGAUCCAGUAUGAGCUAUCCCAGAAGGUAGACAGAGACCGACUAAGAAUGCUAUUAUCUGAUCCCAUAAUCCAAAGAGUUCCCGGAGUUUGCUUCUUCUACACCAACGUUCAAGACGGUUUGACCCCAAUUCUCGAGCAUUACAUAAAGAACAUGAAAUCUCUUCUCAAGGUUACUAUUUUCACGACCUUUCGAUACUUGUUGGUUCCCAGAGUUACGCCACAUGAAAGAAUUGUUGUUAGCAAACUAGGCCUUAAAAGGGUAUAUAGAUGUGUGGUUCAAUAUGGUUAUGCUGAUUCUCUUGAUCUUGAAGGAGACGAUUUUGUGAGUCAAGUUAUUGAUAGAUUGCGGGCACAUAUACAGAAUGGCUCUGACUAUGCAAUGUCAGUUACUUCUGAGCUUGAGGAAGAGAUGUCUGAUAUGGAAGAGGCAAAGUCCACUGGCGCAGUUCAUGUUCGGGGAAAGACAAGGUUUUAUGUAAGUAAAAAUUGUGGUUGGUUUGAUGGGUAUAUGCUUGCAUUCUAUGAAGUUCUGAAUAGGAAUUAUAGGUCAGCAUUGCCUGCUAUAAGGAUGCUGCUAUCGCAGUGUGUUGAGGUUGGAAUGCUAUAUGAGGUUUGUGUGAGAGAGAGAGAGAGAGAUGAGUGUUGGAACAAUUUUCUGUGUAAAAUAAAUAGGGUGUGUGUGCUUUUACUGGGCAUUCCAAGCUCAUGGCGUGUUAUGCUAGGUGAAGAAGCAGCUUACGAUGGGGAAGGUUAUCCUGAAGACAAUCAAGAUGAAGUUUUAGAGCCGUGGUGGACUAAAAAAAAAUUGUUUAUCUACCGUAGGAUGGAUUUUACGUCAGAAAGCGUUGAUGACUGGGGAGUUUUUCGUUUCCAGAAUAGACGGGCAGUAGCUGUUAGUCCACAAAGACUUAACCGAUGGUGUCAAUUGGGAGCGGAGCGUGUGAUAAAGAAAGCUAUUCGGAAAACAGAGGAGGAUUUUUCAUACUACACCACGCAAGCAAGACGAGCGUUGAUAGAGCGGAAUGGUCAGACUUUUGCUGAGCUUAGGCAAGAUGUAUUGGCUGAGGAUCCGCAUCCAGUGAUGCGCCACAUUGGACCCGAGAGCUGUGGCUCUCAUCAUCCUGAGUUAGAGGUUCCUUUUCUCUCAGUACUUCCCGGAGCUUCCCCUGCAUUCCCUAUAGAGGUGUCAUCAGAGUACUCCCCUAUACCGGCUCAGCAGUUUCCUGCCUCCCCGACAUAUGCUUCUUUAACCCCAGAGGAUCUCGAGGAAGAUCCUGAAGAAGACCCAGAGGAAUCGUUUGACUUAGGGCUGUAG